AUGUCCCAAGCGGGUCAGGAACCCGAUACUGAAACAAGAAUCAAAGAGAUACCAGGAUACAGGGUAGCAUACCAGAUGGCUCGCCCCAAAGGCCAAGGCCUGACGCCCUAUCAGGGAAAGAAGAGAUGUUUUGGCGAAUACAAAUGCCCGAAAUGCAAAAGGAAGUGGAUGAGCGGCAACUCUUGGGCCGACAUGGGGCAAGAGUGCAUCAAGUGCCACAUCAACGUCUACCCUGACAAGCAGCGUCCUCUGGAGAAUCCCGAUGAUUUGGACGUGUGCGACGAGCGCAAAGAGCAUCCGCAGCACUUGUGUGAAAAAUGCAAACUUCUGGGCCGCUACUGCCGCCAAGACAAAAAACAGGCCUGAAAAUAUAAAUAUUGGAGUGUUAAAGCAUUGAAAACAUACCUGUCAGUUUGGGAAUCUUCUGGGAAAUAAUCUGGGAUCUGGGACUCCCCGCUUCCAAUGCACUGCAUCAUUGUCCUCAAAGGUUACUGUGCUCAAGCGAACAAUGAAGAAAGCCUUUCUGUUAAAAUACAGUACAUUUACAGGAAACAUGUGGGGACAUUGCCCCUUAAUGGUGGGUCCAUAAAGGGUCUCAAAAUCCUCACUAAGAAUAAAAUUGUUAGCCCUAAAAAAUAGUAACUGUGACUCAACAUGUGUAACAUAUUGACCAGGAUUUAAUGUUUGUAUAUAAAGUACCAGGAAUAACUUUAAGUGAUUAUGAAGUAUUCUGAGUAAACUAUGCAAGAAAGAUUAGCAGUAUCAAUGAGUGCCUUAUAAACUCGAUGCUAGAUGGU